AUGACAUUUUUCGCUAAGUGCCCUUCAUUUCUCCUUCUAAGUGCGGAGGAAAAUCAACUGAUCUUCUAUCGUCUCGUCUCCAAACAUCCACCAGUUCAAAUGUUCAGACUAUUAAGAUCUAGAGGUUUCACCUCCAGUUUCAAGUUCAGAUUACUUGCAACAUCGUCCGUGGCUUCGGUGGGACUUUUUACUUUCCUCCAAGUUGUCCCUGAAAGGUCUCUCAUUUGGAGUGAUGCUUCCCUUUCCAAAUUGCCCCUACCAGAUAUCACAGAGUCUAUAUCCGUGGACAAGUCCGUUCCCGCUUUUCCUAAGAACAUUGGUGGCAAAACAGAUUUUACUCUGCUGGGCUACGGUACCCGAUCUGUCACAUUUUUGUCCUUCCGAGUUUACGCUCUGGGAAUUUACAUUGCCAAGGAGGAUAUACCCAAAGUUCAGACUGUUUUAGACAGUAAGUUCAUGUCCAACUUCACCAACAAAACAAAGGGAAGUAGCCAUUUUGAGCACGUCAGUAAUGCUCUCAAAGAUGCAACUUUAUCUUCCAUCCUAGUUGAGAAUCUACUGGAUGCCGAUAUUAGGUUCAAAGUCCGAAUUGUUCCAGUGAGAAAUACUGAUUUCAAUCAUUUAAAAGACGGUUUGAUCAAAUCAAUUCUGGCUAGCUCCAAGACAAAAGAAAUUCAGAGAGAACAGGGCGAUCUUGCAACCCAGUUGGACCAAGGAUUGGACGAGCUUCGAAAACCUUUCACCACAAGAGGCUCUUUUGCCAAGGGAAAUGCCCUACUCCUAGAGAGAUUACCCAAUUCAUCUUUGGAAUUGAGCUCUGAAACGUACGAUAAACAGGGACUCCUUCUGAAACAAACUCAUUUAGGUGAGAUCGAAUCUCCCAUCAUUAGCAAAUUGCUGCUGCUUCAGUACUUGAGUGGAGAUAAACCUCUUUCACCCAAUACCAAAGAAAAAUCAUGCGAACAACUUUCGUUAUUGGUUUGA